UGCUAAUUGUUCAGUGCAAGUGUUACAGCUCACCUUAACACUGCUCGUGUCGUGUUAUUGUACCAAAAUAUGAAUCAGUGCCUUCGAUUACAAAUUAGCUUUAUUUAUUAAAAAAAAUGGUGCUGUGUCCGCCUUUUAAGUGGUCGUCAAAAGGCGGAUUUAAUCUAAAUAAACCUGUGAAACAUCCUGCUAACAAUGAAAGUCGCCCAUCUAUAAAAACUACAAAUAAAGAUUUGCCACAGAGAGAUACAACCCUUCGCAAUGACGAUGAAAGUCAAAGUACCAGUAGGAAGUCAAGCAAAAAACCAAGUAUUCAAAGUAAAAAAUCAAAUCUCAGUUUAGAGUCGGACAAUGAGGUACUUGACAGUCGUAGCAGCAAUAUGGCUCGCAAGACUAUAGCGCAAAUUAUACACGAAAAUCCUGAUAAACAACAUCGACAGAAACGCGAGGCGAUCCCACCCCCUAUGCAUGUCGACAUUUCUGAUCUUCAGUAUGAUAAAUAUGAUAAAGACGAACGAUCAAUCGAAUUGAUAAAACGAGCUAUAAUGGAAAAUGAGUUCUUGAAGAAUUUAAUGGAUGAUGUACGUCUUAAUAUGGUAACAGAGGCGAUGAGUCCACAAGAAUUCUCGGGUGGUAACUUGAUCAUUCGUGAAGGAGGUGGAACUCAUCUAUUCGUAUCAGCUAAUGGACAGUUUGAAGUAUUAAAAGGAGGGCAAGUUGUGAAAACGUUUGGCGCAGGGGUAGCAUUCGGUGAACUCGCCAUAUUAUAUAGAGCUAAACGAUUCGCUUCUAUUCGAUGCAUUACAGAAGCACAGGUAUGGACAUUAGAGCGACGAAUAUUCCAGAAGAUAAUGGUCCGUAGCGGACGACAAGAACAAGACGACAACAUCCGUUUCCUAUCGUGCGUGCCGUUCCUACAAGGCAUCCAACAUGCAGAGCUCAUCAAGAUUUCAGAAUGUUUGAAACGGGAGUUCUUUUCGGCGGGCACAGCAGUAGUGAGGCAAGGAGAUUAUGGUGAUAAGUUUUAUAUCAUCCGUGGGGGCACAGUGAUUGUGACAAAGCGCGAUGAAGAAGACGGUGAGAAACGCGUCGGCUCACUGGGUCGAGGAGAUUACUUCGGCGAGCAGGCACUGCUACAUCAGGACCGGCGUCUUGCCACCGUAACUGCACUCGCUCCGGGAGUUGAAUGUCUCACGCUAGAUCGCUUGCAAUUCACAGAGCUGCUUGGUGGUUUGGAAGGUCUUAAAAAAAAUCCAGUUGAAUUACGUCCAUCUCAGCAAAGAAAAAAAUCUCAAAUUAAGAGUGAAUACCAACACGUUGAGCUGAAAGACCUCGAGAUAUUGGGCACGUUGGGCGUAGGUGGGUUCGGUCGUGUAGAAUUGGUCCAAUACAAACCACAACCAUCGACUACCUUCGCGCUGAAAUGCCUCAAAAAAAUCGAUAUGGUUCAAUUGCAUCAACAAGACAAUGCUUACAACGAGAAACACAUCAUGAUGUCAUGUGAUAACCAAUUUAUUUGCAAAUUAUACCGAACGUUCAAGGAUAGUAAAUAUAUCUAUUUCUUAAUGGAGCCAGUACUGGGCGGUGACGUGUGGACAAUUCUCCAAAAGCGAGGGCACUUUGCUGAAAACGUAGCGCGGUUUAUGAUGGCCUGUGUCGUCGAAGCCUUUCAGUAUCUGCACUCUAAAGAUAUUAUAUACCGAGACCUCAAGCCAGAGAAUUUAAUGAUGGACAAAAAUGGAUACAUCAAAUUGGUUGAUUUUGGAUUCGCCAAGCGAGUAACUCCUAACAAUAAAACAUGGACAUUUGCCGGUACGCCUGAAUAUGUUGCACCAGAAAUCGUUUUAAAUAAGGGCCAUGACCGUGCAGUAGACUGCUGGGCGCUGGGUGUACUAGUUCACGAGUUGUUAGUGGGCAGACCUCCUUUUCGAGCGCCUGGUGGUGACCACAUGAAGACGUACACUCUUAUAUUACGAGGAAUUGAUGCUGUUACAUUUCAUCCACGUAUCACCAACUCGGCGAAGCAGCUUAUUCGUAAGCUGUGCCGGCCUGUACCUGCUGAACGCCUUGGUUAUCUCAAGAAUGGCAUAGCUGAUAUAAAAAGUCAUAAAUGGUUCCUUGGAUUUGACUGGGAUGGCCUUCGUGAGACGAAGCUGAAGCCACCUUUGGUUCAACCUGUAGCUAGCAACUCGGAUUUGAACAACUUUGAGAAAUAUCCUAAAGAUAAACUACCGCCUGAUGAAAAUUCUGGAUGGGAUGUAGAUUUUUGAAAAAAAAUUAAGAAAAAUCUUAAAUUAAGAAUCUGUACAAGUAUGAAUGAAAACUCUUCCAGCAUCUGUAAUUCUUCUGAAAUACAGUAAUGAAAAGGAUUUAAUAAAAAAGCUUAUAAGUAGGUGUAACAAACCGUCGACUUCAGACAAAAAAUGAAAGAUCUAGUAAUUGGUAACUUUUGUUACAAAACCAUUCAAAUCAUUACAUAUCGUAUUUAAACUUACCAGAAGAGGUGACUAAUAUUUUUUAGAUUAUUUAUAAGAUAUUUUGUAUUUUGUAAUUAAGUAUAUUUAAAAUAAAUAAAUGAAUAUCGCAUAAAAAUAAGUUACAUAUUACGUUUAUGUUUCAAAUAUAGAAUAAAUAUUUAUAAUAAAUAAUUAAUUUAACUACA